UUUUCCCUUCCGUGUGGCAUUUCGGGGUACACGCGCGCACGCUCCUCCGAUGCGACGGAGAGCCGCCUAUAAACAAACUCUCACGGGGUUCGGGAUCUAGAAGCUGCUGUUGUGCGCCGUUGCCGAAAACAAUUAGAAACCGCGGAGAGGAAACGGCAACGAUGUGGAGGAGGGUGAGUACUCAGCUUCGACCGCUUCUCCCAUGGCGAUCUCGCCUCAACACGGGGGCCUCCUCCGCGCCCCGCUCCUCGCCGUUGCAGAGGACGGCUCCGCUCUUCUUCUCCACUCUCGAUAGUGCGACGCCGAAGAAGAGAGUGGAGGACGUGAUGCCGAUCGCGACGGGGCUCGAGCGGGAGGAGAUCGAGGCCGAGCUCCAGGGGAGGAAGCGGUUUGAUAUGGACGCUCCGGUCGGCCCAUUCGGCUCGAAGGAAGCACCUGCUGUCAUUCAGUCCUACUACGAUAAAAGGAUAGUUGGUUGCCCCGGUGGUGAAGGCGAGGAUGAACAUGAUGUUGUAUGGUUUUGGCUGGAGAGAGGAAAGCCACAUGAAUGCCCUGUUUGCUCACAGUAUUUUGUGCUUGAGGUGAUAGGUGCAGGUGGGCCUCCUGAUGGCCACGGUGAAGAUGACGACCAUCAUCAUCAUUAAGAUUUAGAAAUUUAUGCAGGUAAGUAUAUGAAUGGUGAGAGGGAGCGUCCCUCGGAUACUCUUUAGCUUCGGAUUACUUGUCUGCUCCAUCUGUUGAAUUUUGUUAUCUGAGUGGAUGGUGUUUUUGUUUCUUGCUUACAUGCCAUAAGGCACCUCUUUAAUUUUGGGUUCUUCCAACUGUUCGAAUGAAUCGGUUAAUAAUUCGUAACCUCAGUAAACAUUGUAUUCUUUCUACUUUCAAAUCAUAAUGAGGUAGGUUUGCGUGGUGUUGUGAUUAA